CUGCAGUGCAUGAGCCAUGAAUGCAGAACUAUAAUAGAAAUAUGAAUGCUGGGUUUCUUUUCAGAAGAAUUCACAUCCAGCCUUUCCUCUCAUCCUUCCUCUGCUGGCAAAGCAAGGAAAUAUCAGCUGGAGAAAGAAUAAUGGAACGCUGUCUAAAUGAAAAUUGUAACUCCACUUGCCCAGAAAUUCCUUAUCAAGAGAGUCAGACACUUCUGGUUGCUGUUUACAGCAUUGUUUUUGCAAUAGGCCUUCCAGCAAAUUGCUUAACUUCUCUGCUGACAUUUGCACAAAUCAAAAGGAAUAUAGUAGUUGCCAUCUACAUUUUCAGUUUAUCAUUGUGUGACCUGAUGUAUUUAUGUACCUUGCCCGUCUGGAUUAUCUAUGUGCAAAAUGGGCACGAGUGGACCAUGGGUGACACUGCUUGCAGGAUAACAGGAUUCAUCUUUUUCUGCAGUAUCUACAUCAGCAUUCUGCUUUUGUGCUGCAUCUCUGUGGAUCGUUACAUGGCACUGGUGCAUUCUCUGGAAUCAAGGGGAAGAAGACAACAGAAAAAUGCCAUCAUAAUAGUCGGUUUUCUCUUUACUGUGGUUGCAGGAAUCCACACGCCGGUAUUUUUUAUGGAAAAUGGGCAAAACUGUACAGAGGUGAAAACCUGCUUUGAGACAGUGCCCCUUAACUUAUUAUUGGCUUAUUGCAGCUGUGCUAGAUUCCUGUUUGGAUUUUUCAUACCCCUCCUGAUCCUGAUUUUUACAAACUGCAAAAUUUUCAAAGCUACAAAAAGAAGCAGCAGCUUGACUUGUCGUGAGAAAGCCAAAGUGAAGCAUGUUGCUAUUGCCAUUAUUACUAUUUUUGUGAUCUGCUUUGCUCCAUAUCAUCUGGUUCUCAUAGUAAGAGCCAUAUACUUUAUGUUUCAUCAGGACUGCCCAUGUCCAUUUGAAAAUAAGAUAUAUUCAACUUUUACAGUGUUUCUGUGUUUAGCCACUGCAAACAGCAUUGCUGAUCCAAUCAUCUACGUUCUGGUCAGUGAAAACGUCAGAAAAGACUGCUAUAGGAGCCUGAGAAGAUUGAAAUUGAACACAUCCAAGCCAAAUUCAUCCACUGAUCGCAAUACUGACAACAUAAAGUUGGAAACGCUAAAAGAAUCAGAGGAAGAGGGCCAAAGUAAAGAAAACUCAAAGAAAUAACAGAUUCAUCUGUCAUUCAGAAGGCCUGCACCAGUGGCAGAGACCAGGAAAGUGGCAGCUAGCUGGUAGCUGCUGGAACAAAUAAGAAGUUCCCAAUGCCAGCUGCAGGACACAAGUUUUUACAUGCUGACAUCAUCUUGCACAUCCUGCAUGGGCCAUUAACUCCUUGAGGAUGCUAUGGGAGCAAUAAUUCACAUUUCUGUUUGUCCCCUACAAUAAACUUUGUCCACCAGUAUCACUGAUGAAAACACUGCUUUGCUAAGGAUAUGUGAAAUAAAUGAAGUGAUUUACUUGGAUUAAAAGUGGGAUCUUAAAAGUUUUGGGGGUUUUUUGGACUGACUCUCAUAUGAAACAAAACCAUUUUUAUCUUCUGAGCAAAUUUUUUUAAAAGCAUUGUAGAGGAGAAUAAUUUACUGUUCUUAAUGUUGAAAUUUUUGCUUCUUGAGGAGGUACAUGCUCCAGUUCUCAUACAUCACUCUGCUGUUACCGUUUGUGGUUAACCAAUGGAAAAUAUUAAAAAUGAGUGAACCUUUUCCUCGUACUCUAGCAUGUGACUUCAGGCACAUCACACAUUCCAGGAGAAUUAGAUGGCAAAAAAAAUGCCUGAUAACACAGACCAACAGUACUGCUGCUGCAUUAGUCAAGAUUCUGCACUGUCCUGAAAUUCCUAAAAUGUACAGUUCUAAUGCUUGAUAGCUUACAGAUAGCAAAUUUUACUUGUUUUGCAGUCAGACCAAGAAUGCACUGAAAUAUACAGAAAAUGUAUAUAUUUCCAAAUGGAGUCAGGGACUGCUUUUAUGCCAUCCCCAAAUAUUUGCUGAACUCGUGUUUCAUUUCUGACUAAGCUAACCCUUCCCUUUUGUUAUUGAUCCUAGUUUUACUGUGCAGGAGUGUGCAGAAGCUGUGGGUAGGCUCACAGAUGGUGUGGAAGGUUGGCAGUCUGGAGAGCACAGUCCUUCCUCCCCACAGCUGGAACUCCCUCAGACAUGCUGGGGUAAAUUCCACUGUUGCUGCUGUUACUUCUAUUAUGAAUAACUUGUUGAUGGUAGUACCUUGUGCCUUCUAGCAACUAUUUAAAAAAUAAGAAUGGUACAAAUCUGGCAAUGUUUAUCUAAACAACUUCAUAUUUUUAUGUGAUUCAACAGACAGAUCAUGAAUCAUUUUGAGUACAAGUUUGUAGAGUGUUUCAUAGCAUCAUUCCAUUUAAUCUGUGGUGUUGUAUUCCUGUGACAUGUUGAAAUUGUUAUUGACAUUGACAUUUCUGCAUUGAAUUGAUAUUAAUCAGUCUUAAUACAAAUGCAAUACUUUUUAUCUUAAA